CGUUUCCGAACGCAGCAAUAAUUGGAUGUCUUAGUUUGUCAAUGUGCGCAUCUGGGACUUAUUCGGUAUUCCCUGUAACAAUAUAUAGGUCUGUUGUAUUUGAAUAACUUCUGUGCUAGUGCAACAGAUAAAAUCUGUAGAUUAGAAGAAUGAAAAUAGAGAGAUUAUCCUGAGCGUCAUUGUGCUGCGGAUCGAUCGAUGGACGACGUAGCUUGAGAGCUUUCUUUUCCUGUGGAAUGACGUUUGAAUUGUUCAAAUUCUAACGAAAGAAUACAGAAAUGGAGGUAGCAGCUGUUUCUGUGUUGAAACGAGCGGUGGAUUUGGACGCAAAGGAACAAUAUACAAUGGCAUUGGUAUUGUAUGAGGAAGGUGUGCAGAUACUUCUCAACAUCGUAAAAGAGACAAAAGAAGCAUCCAAGAAGGAACACUUCACUGCUAAGGCAAAGGAGUAUCUGGACAGAGCCGAAAAAGUGAAAAAGUUUAUUCAUACAAGGAAGCUAGUUGGUUCCUACAGAGAGUCGACAAAAAUUGAGAGCGGAUCAAUAGGACACAGCUAUGCAAGUGUUUUUGGCAGAUUUUUAGAUAAUAGUGUCACUUUCAUUAAUAUCGAAGACCCAUACAUAAGAGCCUUCCAUCAAUGUCAAAACUUGGUUAGAUUGUGCGAACUGGCUGUCCAAAAGUGUUGCACACUAUCUAGGAUAUCUCUUCUGACAACUUAUGAUUCAGAGGAUACUAAUCAAAUCACAAGAUUGGCGGAGUUAAAGGAGAGUUUGGCGUGUCGUAAAAUUUCCUUCGAUUUUUCCUUUUCCGAGACGUUGCACGACAGAAAAAUUUCAUUGAGCAAUGGAUGGGUGAUUAAAAUCGGACGUGGAUUAGAUUACUUUAGAAAUCCGGGUGGCAAAUUUGUCCUCGGUGCGUGUGACCUGGAAUUGAGGCCCUGCUUGGAGACCACAGUAGACAUUUUCCACAAAACAAAUCUUCAGAAUGAAGACAGUAGCAAGAAAUAAUUAAUGACAGCAUAAAGAAUAAAAUGGUUAAUAUUUUUUAUAAGGUUUUACAAAUGUAUUAUAGUAUGGCACAUUUUUUACGGCUGAAAGAUACCGUAUUUUUACAUAGUAUAAAUUUGUAUCUUUAAAGAUACAAAACACGAAACUAAGUACUAUACUGUACAUCUCUUUUUAAUCAUGAAUCAAUUUGUUUUUCGUAUUAUUUCUAUAUUAUAAAACGUAUUGUAAUUAUAGUUUAUUGUAAUUACUGUUGUAUAAUAUAUAUUUACAGCGCCCCGUUA